ACCACCCCUCCUAUGGGUUUACACAGAGUUAGUGCAAGAUAUUCUGCUCUGGGAGUGAGAGUGCAAGGAUAAACGGCACAUACACGCUGCGCAUCGCUGUCACACUGAACAGCCUUUAUAUUGAGGUUUACAUUUCUAAGUGGGAUCGACUCUGAGAUUUCUCUUUGUUUUUUUGCAUGAAAGCCUUAAUGAUCGUUUUUUAACCUUGUGUCUACGUCGGCUGAUUAUUGAUGGAGCCCCGUGAACUUGAAACAUGACGGGACACGAGAGUGUCUUCUUGCGUUUACCUCGUCUGCGCCUUCACCUUAACAGGUAGCCCGGGGUGUGUGAAAAAACCGCCGGUUUUCUCGGGACGUGUACGGGAGAUGAGCGUUGAUUUUGGGACCCGUUCUAAUGGAAGAAACCACAAACCACUGACCACCUGGCUGUGUCUGCUGGAGAGCGACGCUGAUCACCGCAAUCACCGCAGGUCGCACAAUUAGAUCCUGUCCAUUCCUGAAGUUAAAUGGGGAAAACGGAACUGCGACAUAUGCAGCCUCUUAUUUACCCCAGUUUGUGCGACCAGCUGCUUUUACCUAAAACCUGUUCUUGAGUCUGAUUACUCCUGCGAGGCGAUAUAUUUUUUUUAUCUUUCCUGGACCCAAAGCUAGAUCUGACUGAGAAGGAUAUCUUUACCCGAAUAAGCUCCCAGGCACACUGGAUGAGAAGACUAUGAGCUGACACACUCCGAUUUUUCUCCUGCGCUGUAACGGAUUUGGGUUGGUCUGUGGAAGAUUCCUGCCAUCGCGUGCAAGGAGUCACUGCCUGUAACAACAUAGAAAGAAACCUUUGAGUUGCAAAGAGUGGAAACACAUUCACACUGCCAUGGAUCUAAAAGACUAUUACCUGUUGGGUGCCCUGCUUGCCUGCAUAUGGCUAGAUCCUUCAAUAGCCCAAGAGCUAAUCUACCCCAUCAGAGAGGAGUUGCAAGAAAAUGUCCUCAUUGGAAACAUACCAAAGGACCUAAACAUUUCCCAUACAAAUGCUGCCACUGGAGCAAGUGCUAAUCUAGUCUACCGGCUCGUCUCCAAAGCAGGAGAUAACCCACUAGUCCGCGUUCUGAGCAGCACUGGCGAGAUAUUCACAACAUCAAACCGAAUCGACAGGGAGAAGUUGUGCCCCGGUCCCUCGUUUGAGGACAGCGAGUGCUCCUUUGAAAUUGAAGUGGUCAUCCUGCCUAAUGAUUAUUUCAGGCUGAUUAAGAUCAAAAUAAUUGUCAAAGACACAAAUGAUAAUGCCCCCAUGUUCCCAUCCCCUGUGAUCAACAUCUCCAUCCCUGAGAACACGCUCAUUAACAGCCGUUUUGCUAUUCCUUCUGCCACUGACCCAGACACUGGCCCCAACAGUGUCCACAAAUACGAGCUGAUCAAUGGGCAAAGUGCCUUUGGCUUAGACAUAGUAGAAACGCCUGAGGGGGAGAAGUGGCCCCAGCUCAUUGUGCAGCAGAAUCUGGACAGAGAGCAGAAGGAUACAUACGUGAUGAAGAUCAAAGUGGAGGAUGGUGGCAGUCCACAGAAAUCCAGCACUGCCAUUCUCCAAGUUACAGUAACAGAUGUCAAUGAUAACAGACCAGUGUUUAAAGAAGGUCAGAUAGAGGUGCAUAUACCAGAGAACUCCCCUAUUGGCACGUCUGUUGUGCAGCUUCAGGCCACAGACGCAGACAUAGGGGGAAAUGCAGAGAUACGUUAUGUCUUUGGGACUCAGGUGUCUCCUGCUACUAAAAGACUCUUUGCAUUAAAUACAACAUCUGGCCUAAUUACAGUGCAGAGGCCUCUGGACAGAGAGGAGACUGCUAUUCAUAAGCUCUCUGUUUUAGCUAGUGAUGGCAGCUCUAGUCCUGCCAGAGCUACUGUUACCAUAAAUGUGACUGAUGUUAAUGACAAUCCACCUAAUAUUGACCUGAGAUACAUAAUCAGUCCCAUUAAUGGCACUGUUUUCCUCUCGGAGAAGGAUCCCAUCAAUACCAAGAUAGCUCUCAUCACAGUGUCAGACAAAGACACUGACAUCAACGGCAAGGUCAUUUGUUUCAUAGAGAAGGAUGUGCCCUUCCAUCUCAAAGCCGUGUAUGACAACCAGUAUCUGUUGGAGACAUCUGCGCUGCUUGACUAUGAAGGGACCAAGGAAUACAACUUUAAAAUUGUAGCUUCUGACUCUGGAAAACCAAGCUUGAAUCAGACUGCUUUGGUAAGAGUGAGGUUGGAGGAUGAGAAUGACAACCCGCCUAUUUUUACUCAGCCAGUUAUUGAGCUGGCUGUUAUGGAAAACAACAAACGCGACCUGUUCCUCACUACUCUUAGCGCCACUGAUGAAGACAGUGGGAAAAAUGCAGAGAUAGUUUAUCAGCUGGGACCAAAUGCAUCAUUCUUCGAUCUCGACCGCAAAACAGGGGUCCUGACUGCAUCCAGGGUUUUUGACCGGGAGGAUCAGGAUCGGUUUCUCUUCACUGUAACUGCAAGAGACAACGGGACACCCCCUCUGCAAACGCAGGCAGCCGUUAUUGUAACUGUGCUGGAUGAAAAUGAUAACAACCCUAAGUUCACACAUAACCACUUUCAGUUUUUUGUGUCUGAGAAUCUUCCUAAAUACAGCACCGUUGGGGUGAUAACUGUGACAGAUUCAGAUGCUGGAGAAAAUGCUGCUGUUUCUCUUUCCAUACUGAAUGACAAUGAGAACUUUAUACUGGAUCCGUACUCUGGGGUGAUAAAAUCUAAUGUGUCAUUUGAUCGGGAGCAACAGAGCUCCUACACUUUUGAUGUCAGGGCUGUGGACAGUGGCAGACCUCCUUGCUCCUCAGCUGCCAAGGUGACCAUCAAUGUCAUUGAUGUGAACGACAACACCCCCAUCGUCAUCUACCCCCCCUCCAACACAUCUUUCAAGCUCGUCCCUCUCUCCUCUAUCCCAGGGUCUGUUGUAGCAGAAGUAUUUGCUGUAGAUGGUGAUACAGGGAUGAAUGCAGAACUGAAAUACACCAUAGUGAGUGGGAACAACAAAGGUCUGUUCCGAAUUGACCCUGUCACAGGGAAUAUUACUCUGGAGGAAAAACCAGCAGUGACUGACAUAGGCUUACACAGAUUAGUGGUCAAUAUCAGUGACCUAGGAUAUCCCAAAUCACUCCAUACGCUGGUGCUGGUAUUUCUGUAUGUCAAUGACACUGUGGGCAACUCAACACUCAUCUAUGAUCUCAUCCGACGCACCAUGGAGACCCCAAUUGACCGAAACAUUGGUGAAAGCAGUGAAACUUAUCAAAGUGGUGACUAUUUAACCAUAAUGAUAGCGUUUGUCACCGGCGCCUUAGUGGUGAUUAUUGUCAUCUUUGUCACUGUGCUGCUGCGCUGCCGCCAUGCUUCCAGGUUCAAAGCUGCACAGAGGAAAAAACAGGGGGCUGAGUGGAUGUCACCCAACACAGAGAACAAGCAGAACAAGAAGAAAAAGCGCAAGAAAAGGAAAUCCCCAAAAAGCUCCUUGCUCAACUUUGUCACCAUUGAGGGGAACAAACCUGACGAUCCUGCCCACGAGCCAAUCAACGGAACCAUCAGCCUGCCCACCGAGCUGGAGGAGCAAGGGAUUGGACGCUUUGAUUGGAAUGCCACACCUACCACAACCUUCAAACCAAGCAGCCCAGACCUGGCCCGGCACUACAAGUCCGCCUCGCCGCAAUCGGCCUUCCACCUCAAGGCCGACACACCGGUCUCAGUGAAGAAGCAUCACGUGAUUCAGGAGCUCCCAUUGGAUAACACAUUUGUUGGGGGCUGUGACACCCUUUCCAAGAGGUCCUCCACGAGCUCCGACCACUUCAGUGCCUCAGAGUGCAGCUCCCAAGGAGGGUUCAAGACGAAGGGGCCCAUGCACACCAGACAGCAGGAGCCACGCUACUCUGAUAACAAAUGGGGAGGAAAAGUAAAGAAACACCUGGGAACAUUAACUCGUGCCCGAACUGAACUGAACCCUGAAUAUCUGGACCUCCGUCCACGAGCUGAGCUGAAUCCUGAAUAUUGGACCCCUUGCACCCCUUUAUCGCAGCGGCGCGUCACGUUUCACCUGCCGGAUGGCUCUCAGGAGAGCUGCAGUGACAGCGGUCUGGGGGACCACGAGCCUGUAGGCAGUGGCUCCCUCCUCACACAACCUCUCCCUCUGGUGCAGGCGCAGGACGACUUCUACGAGCAGGCCUCCCCUGAUAAGAGGACUGAAGCAGACGGCAACUCCGAUCCCAACUCCGAUGGCCCCCUGGGACCUCGUGGCCUAGUGGAAGCUACAGAGAUGUGCACACAGGAAUGCCUAGUCCUGGGACAUUCAGACAACUGCUGGAUGCCCCCGACGCUGGGAUCAUACCAGCAGCCCAAGUCACCCGUGUCCAGCUUUGGGUCUCAGAGGGAGUGGGGUCCCAAGGACAAACUUCUCAAUGGACAUACUCUGACCAGAACCUGGAAAAAUGAGAGUGGGCGGUCAGAGCAUUUUGGUGACAGGAAGCAGUUUGGGAGCGGAGAGGGACACUUCAGCAGUGGCAUAGCUGAUAUUCCACUGGUGAGUCUGAAGUCCUGCCAGCCAGCCUCCUGCCCAGACAGCCCGAAGGACCAGCAGCUAUAAGACGGACUUUGCUUCUGUGCUGAGAGAUGUCCUUACAUCUGGACACAAUAAACAGCUGAAGCAACUCACCUGAGCUCCUCUCCCAUUUUGUUGUUUUCUUUCGUGUUUCAUGUAUUCCUACUUAAGUUGAUGCUUCUGCAGUGUGAUAGCCACAUGUACUAUGUAGGCCACAAAACUAUAGUGCUUAUGCUGUGUUCUCUAAUUCUACAAUUCAACUUUACUAUGGCUCUAGAGGAAACAACUUUUUUAUGAACCUCCAUGGAUUUCUUCAAUGUAACAUUUUAUGUCCACUUCAUGUGUGAUUUGGACAAGAGGAGGAAGGACAUGCAGAAAAUGGAGAAAAUGAAAUCUAAUUACAAGGAAAAAAAAACUACCAUGGUUGACCAGUAUAUACAAAUAUUUGUGGUGUGGUUGUUAUUGAGUUGUUCAGGACUAUAUUAAUCGACACAAUCAAAGAAAAUGGAAUUACAUUUCAGAGUGUUGAUCUAAUAACACUGUUAGUGGACACUUGUUUAUUCUGUCAUUGUCUGUGUGUUUGUAAAUAAGACUUAUUAACCACUAUCAUGUACCCGUAAUAACCACAGUGAAUAGGACAGUUCUUGGCUGUUGUCAUCAUAAUGGCUUGUCAUCAGGAUUUGGGAUUUCAACUGGACAAAGAUCUAUAAUGUGGCAUAAUGUACAACAUGAAAACAUUUACCUAAUUCUUUAAAAACCCUAUGGUUGAUUUAAAAACUAAUUUCCAUCCCAUAAUAUACUCAGUGUUGCCCAUAUUCCGUAAUACUUUUCUUCAAGUACUGCAAAACCACAGGCAAACUUUUUUUUUUAAAACAUUUUGUAUGGAAGAUGUCAGUGCUCGAUACGUGCAUUAUAAAAAUGAAAAGCUCUGAAAGCUCUCCUCUAUAAACUGAUUUUGAAAGAGUUCAGUAAAAUUAAAUAGCAAUAUAUUUGUAAAUGGCUAAAUGUUUUAUCUAACGUUGAUCUUAUUACUGUAUAGAUUUUAUUCAAAUUGUGAUUUAACUGAGUACAAUCUCUCAGUAGUACCUGCAAUUUAUUGACAUACUGUAUGUAUAUAUAUUAUUUCCACACAGACUAUUAUUUUCCAUACAUAAGAAAACAGGUUAAGAUAACACUUUAAUCACUGUGCCUUCAUGAUGUUUCUUCAAACACUGAAUUGUGCUUAUUUAAAUGACGAGAACAUGUUGGCUACAGAGAGCAUCGUGUCUGAUAAUCAAAUGCCUUAUGCAUUGAAUGUUUGCCAAAUUUAGAGACAUAAUCACACAGAUAUUAAAGUACAAAAUCAAGUCAUUGGUUCAGAAGAAAAACACAAAGGCAUGUGCAGAUAAUGGGUCAACCAUGAAAGAUCAUCUGUCAUUCUACUGUCUGAAAAGGUUUGUUUUAUUCCACAGCAUGGAAGGCAAAUUACACAAUGGAAUAGCAUGCUAAAAGAUAUAGCUUUUAAAAAUGAACUUGAUCAUUUUUGUGUCAUUUUAUUUUGUUGGAAUAGAGUUGAUUUGUGCAUUAAGGAGACAUUCAGUUUGUAAAGCACUUUCAUAUUUAUGUCACAAUAUAAAGAAGUUAAGUGGGAUGGAGUGAUUUGCUUAUCGCAGUAUGUUUGUCAGUUGUGAGGGUGUUUGACAUCACAGAUACUGAAACAGUUAUUCCUUGUUACUACUCUACAGGUAUACAGCUAUUGCAAUAAAUGUUUUAAUUAUG